GGAUAAUACCUCAAUGUGUAACCUUGUUCUGCACAAAUGGAUUUUUCUUGUAUCUGCUCAGUAUCAUUUUCUGGUCUCUUGGGGAUGCAGCCUGCAUGGUUCAUUUACCAAAUUUUGCUGAAUUGAAAGGCAGUACACCUGUACAGUCUGCAAGUUUGUUCACUAUCAUGGGUGUACCGGCGCUUUGUUCCGGAUUGCUGACUGGUUUUGCCUCUUCUGAUCCAGCUAUUGGAAACAUUAUCCUUCACGUUGGACUACAAGGAAUGACAGGAGUAUCCCUUCUGCUACUCCCCGUGCUGUCACAUACGUACAGUCUCCAAAUGAUUUUCAGUGUCCUGUAUGGUACAUACAGUCAGGGACCUUUUACACUGGUUAGUCCUAUAUGCAUUGAGCUGAUCGGCCGAUCCAAAUUGGCCUUUGGUUACGGUAUAUGUUUCUUUUGCUUUGGACUCGGCAACAUGGUUGGACCACCCAUUGCAAGUCUUAUUUAUGAAAGUACUGGAGUGUAUGUCCUUACGUUUCUUUUCUCAGGUGCCUGCUUCAUCAUUAGUGCCUUCCUCGCGUUGUGUAUUCCAUUGACCAAGAAGCUAACAUAAAUGGAUAUAGACUAAGUAUGUUUUAUCUCCCGCAACGAAGUGGGAGGGGAAUAUUGGUGUGACCUCCGUCCGUCCGUCCGAGAUAAUUGCGACAUAUCGUCUCAAAAACUGUUAUAGACAGGGAAACAAAAUUUGGUAUGUG